GAUCAGCAGACAAUUGUGUGUGCUCUCAAGUCUAUCAAACAACAACAGUCUCAAGACAACUGCAGCAGUAACCAAAAAUACCAAACUCAAAAAUCACAAUGUAUCAAUCCACAGCUUUAUUGGUCUUGGCUUCGGCCUGCGCCGUCUUCGGAGCCCCACAAGGUGCCUACUACGCCCCGUCCGCCGUCAGCACGACCCCAAUCCCGAUCGUCGCCCAGUCGCAAGAACUCAAUCUCGAUGGAUCUUACCAAUACAGCUACCAGACCGGAAACGGAAUCUCGGCCGGUGAAUCCGGAUACCUGAAGAACCCGGGUACCGAAGCCGAGGGACAAGUGGCUCAAGGAUACUACUUGUACACCGGCCCCGACGGCGUUGUCUACCAAGUAGAAUACUACGCCGACGGCGAAAACGGUUUUGUCGCCAAGGGAGCUCAUUUGCCCACCCCACCACCACUCCCAGAAGCGUUGGUCCGCGCUAACGAGCUGGCCUACAAGAACGCCGCCGCCGACGCAGGACAAUACGACGAGAGAGGUUUCCCAAUCGCCGGUGCCAAACGGUACUAGACACGAUCCGAGCAACCCGUCUAUGACAAGAAAAUCAAAAUAUAAUCAACAACUGCUGCCGGACCGUGCACGCGAUUCGGCAAACCCGAGCCUCUUCUUCCCUAUACCAACUGCCUUUAGUUCUUCCCUUCCCUUGUAAAAAUAAAUAAAACGAAAGAUAAAAAACUCAACAAUUCGGUUCGAAGCGGCGCGUUAUCGAAACCCCGAAGAAUAAGUCGAACCGAAUUGUUCUGUUUUUUUUCCUUUCCAUAUCUUUGUA